GCUAGAGCCGCGACUACUACCAAGACUACUGAAGCACAAACAUUAACUCAUCCCCACCCAUCGAUCCAGAUACUUGGAGAUUACUUUGCAGCACCAAUCGCCCUACUCAGAUCCAACAUCAUGUCCGGCUCAGCGCAAGGAAGCAAUGAUAUGAAGAAGGCUGUGGCCAACGACUCGAAGAACGGCGAGCAACCGCUGGCACCGGAGAAGAAGCCCGCGACACAACUGGAGGAGGACGACGAGUUUGAGGACUUUCCUGUCGAAGACUGGACAGAAGAGGAGACCCAGAUCCCCAACGGCAACACACACCUGUGGGAGGAGAGCUGGGAUGAUGAUGACACGAACGACGACUUCGCAGUGCAGCUGAGGGAGGAGCUGAAGAAGCUGGGCAAAUGAGCAACACACCACCACGAUGUUACGACACGAUAGCAUUCCACCGAAAAGCGGCGAUGGU